GGUCCAUCCCUAUAUAUAAGCGAAAUAUAAGUUAGACAAACUAAGCGGUGGGUAUCUAGGGUUUCAUUAGCUCAUUAUCUUCGUUUCAAACAGUAACCAUGACUGCUCAAACUCAGGAAGAACUCCUCGCUCAACAUCUCGAGCAAGAAAAGCUCAACCCUGAUGAGCCUGUGCUUGAGGAUGAGGAUGACGAUGAUGACGAUGAGGAAGAUGACGAUGAUGACAAGGAUGAAGAGGAUGCUGAAGGGAAAGGAGAUGUUAGUGGUCGAUCAAAGCAGAGCAGGAGUGAAAAGAAGUCUCGCAAGGCAAUGUUGAAGCUUGGAAUGAAGCCAAUCCCAGGAGUCAGUCGUGUUACUGUCAAGAAAAGCAAAAAUAUUCUGUUUGUUAUCUCAAAACCUGAUGUUUUCAAGAGCCCAACAUCAGAGACGUACAUUGUUUUUGGAGAAGCAAAGAUUGAGGAUCUAAGUUCGCAACUACAGACUCAGGCUGCAGAGCAGUUCAAAGCACCUCCUUCUAAUUUGACUAGUGUGGCUUCCAAGCCUGAGUCAUCUACCAUGGCUCAAGAUGAAGAAGAAGUAGACGAGACUGGUGUGGAGCCGAAGGACAUUGAGUUGGUAAUGACACAAGCCGGGGUGUCAAGAUCAAGGGCUGUGAAAGCACUGAAAGCUGCGGAUGGUGACAUUGUUUCUGCCAUUAUGGAUCUAACAAAUUGAUUGUCACUUUAUAUUAAAGAUGUUCUGCUUAGUGGUCUUUUUGAGGAUUUCUUCUUGGCGUUGUUUCUCUUGAAGAAUUGAGGUUGCAGAUUUUGAGUAAUUUAUUAUUAAUCUGUGUUCUUUAGUUCUCUUUUCCUUGUGUAUUAGCUCAUGAUUCAAUAUUGGGGUUGCACUUGUGCUCCAUUUUGUUUUUAAUCACAGUUGUUUAGACAUAAUAUUAUGGGAAAUCCAUCAUGGCUUUUGAGAUCA